CAAUAAGGUAAAAAGCAAGCCCAAGUAAUGCUGUUUGAGUAACCAUUGAUGGUCCCCUCCACAGAUGACACCUGGGGAACUAGCCCUUGCCAGCGGCAACCACACCCCAGUUACCCACUUCAUCUUGCUUGGGUUCUCCAAUUAUCCAGACCUCCAGAAGCUUCUUUUUGGAAUUUUCCUGCUCAUCUAUGCCAUGACAGUGGUGGGCAACCUGGGGAUGAUGGCCCUCAUCUUCACAGACUCCCGUCUCCACAACCCCAUGUACUUUUUCCUCAGUGUUCUCUCUUUUCUUGAUAUCUGUUACUCUUCUGUGGUCACACCCAAGCUCUUGGUCAACUUUUUGGCCUCUGACAAGUCCAUCUCUUUUGAAGGCUGUGUAGCCCAGCUGACCUUCUUUGUGGUGCACGUGACAGCGGAGAGCUUCCUGCUGGCCUCCAUGGCCUUUGACCGCUUCAUGGCCAUCUGUCGGCCCCUCCAUUAUGGUUCUGUCAUGACCAAAAGGACCUGCCUCCAGCUGGUGGCUGCUUCCUAUGCGUUCGGUGGCGCCAACUCCGCUAUCCAGACUGGGAAUGUUUUUGCCCUGCCUUUCUGUGGGCCCAACGAGGUAACUCACUACUUCUGUGAUAUUCCACCCCUUCUCCACCUGGCCUGUGCCAACACAGCCACAGCAGAAGUGGUACUCUAUAUCUUCUCUGCCCUGGUUACCCUCCUGCCUGCUGUUGUCAUCCUUACCUCCUAUAGCUUUGUCUUGGUGGCCAUUGGGAGGAUGCGCUCGGCAGCUGGGCGGGAGAAGGCCAUCUCCACGUGCGCCUCCCACUUCCUGGCCAUUGCCAUUUUCUACGGCACUGUAGUUUUCACCUACGUCCAGCCUCAUGGAUCCACUAGUGACACUAAUGGCCAAGUGGUGUCCGUCUUCUACACCAUCAUAAUCCCCAUGCUCAACCCCUUCAUCUACAGCCUCCGCAACAAGGAGGUGAAGGACGCCCUGCAGAGGAAGCUCCAGGUCAACAUCUUUCCCUGCUGAGCUCUGCAAGGUUGUCUGUUGGAAUGAGGAGGCACAUCUUCCAAACCACACUAUAAAUUGAUCUCAUGAAAAGCAAUUCUGGGGCCUACCUGGUGGCACAAGGGGUUAAGACGCAACCUAUGAAGUUGUCCGCACGAGUUCAAUCCCCAGGCCAGCCAGGGAGCUACCCACAUGGCGCAGCAGACUUCUCCUG